UCAUUUGACAUCAUCAUUCUUUGCUUUAUCCAUCUCAUCAUUUUCACAUUUCAAUCCGAUCAUCGUCGAUUUUUUUUUUGUUUCCGACGUUGUAAUGUCUAAAAGGAGAGAUGAAGAGACUUGGUAUUAUUCUUUAAUUAAAUAAUUGAUAAGAUAAGGACGUGCUCAUACGUUACUUCAUAAUGCUUACUUGUGUCGUGUUACUGUCUGCACAAGUUGAUUAUUAUUUUAACUUUGUAUUGUUUCUUACAGUAUAUAAUUAGAUAAUCAUGAAAAUUGUGUGAUGCUCAUGAAUGAACGAAAUGAAAUGUUUGUUUGUCAAUGUGGAAACAUGUGUUGCUGUCACGAGUUAUUACCAGGCUACAAUAAUGUCGACAUUUGAGUCGGUGGUCAUGUUCUCUUGCCUUGCUUCUCAAGAUUUCAUCAAAUCUGUUAUCAUUAUUAUUCCUUUUUUAAAUGAAUGGCUACAAUGUCUAAGACAAUUCAUUUUCUUGAUUUCUGCUGCCAAUAAUGUUAUGAUUAUUAUUAUUUCUUGUUUUAUUUUCAGGUAGAAGAAGGAGAUGAAAAGAUUCGAGAGGCCAAGAACUUCAAUUACCUCAAAGCCAAGAACCAGUUCUAGUUUAGCAAAGAAAGAUCAGAAACAGCAGCCCACUAGCAAAGCCAAUGGAGUCAAACCUCUCAAUGCUGCUCAGCUUGUUUCAAGAGUUCUAGAUGCAACUGCUUCUGAUCCUUCUACACUCACUCUAAAUGAUUCAACAACUGGAUCCGAGUCUUCUGAAGUCUAUGACAAUGUCAAUCUUCAUUACAUGGACGAUGCCAACGAGAAGCCAAGGAAUGACGAGACUCUGAUGAUGGACUACGGUGACGAAUCAGGAACCGAAACAAACAAUGAUGGUUCUGUCUCUUCUUCUCAAGGAGGUGAUGUGUUUUCCCUUGAAGAUAAGAAGAAGUCAGAAAAGCCUUCUAGGGUUCCUAAAAGCAGAAGCUCUCAGGAUAUAAUACCCUUAGCAUCAAAGGGACGUACCAAUGCCGGUUCGGUUAGAUCUCGAUCCAACACCUUCCACGGCACUGCUAGAAAGACCGUUAGAUCCAGUAAGAGUCAGGCAAAAGAUUUGUCUGAUCUCACUUCUUAUAGAAGCAGCUCUGAGAGUAAGAAGACUUACUCUCCUGAAGCGGUUGAUGACACUUCUUUUGAGGAUGCAAAAGAAGAUGACAAGUUUGAAGAUGCGUUGAAUAAUAACACUGAAAGUGACAAUGACAAUGAAGCACCUGUGGACAAGGAAGACAAAGGGAAUGAAGUCUUGACUCAAAAGAUUGGGACGUUGGAGUCUCGAAUAGAGCAACUUGAAGAAGAGCUGAGAGAGGUGGCUACUCUUGAGAUGUCUCUCUACUCUGUGUUUCCAGAGCAUGGGAGCUCAGAACACGAGCUGCACAGACCUGCACGUGACCUUUCUAGACUCUACGCACUUGCUAGAAAGAAUCAGAAUGAAAACAAGUUGAUCUCAGUAGCCAAAAACAUUGCUUCUGGUCUUUACUUGGUGUUGAAGUCAUGUGGAAGCGAUGUAUCUAGGUUAACUUUCUGGUUGUCCAACACUAUCAUGUUGAGAGAGAUUAUUUCAUAUGAGUUUGGUAGCCCAAAUCUAAAUGGAUCUAACCGGCUUGAAGAAGAUUGGACAGAUGUUAGAACUUUGUUAACUGCACUAAGAAGAGUUGAAUCAUUUUUAUUCACAAAAACUGUUGGAUCCAUAUGGUCACAGGUGAUGAUGGUUCAUAUGAAACCUCAAGGAGUAGGCUCAACAAAGGCUGAGAUGAUGGGGAAUUUUUCAGAGCCAGCAACAUGUGACCGUUUACAAGAGAGCUUUUCUGUAAACCUAUGGAGAAAAGCUUUUGAGGAGGCUCUUCAACGGCUGUGUCCUGUUCAAGAAGCAUGUGGUUGUUUGCAUGUGUUGACAAGAAUGGUUAUGGAGCAAUGCAUUGCAAGACUUGAUGUGGCUAUGUUCAAUGCCAUUCUCCGUGAGUCUGCUCAUCAGAUACCAACUGAUCCUGACUCUGAUCCCAUUUGUGACCCAAGAGUUCUCCCAAUUCCAGCAGGCGUUUUGAGCUUUGAAUCUGGCGUUAAACUAAAAAACACGGUUGGCUUCUGGUCAAGAUUGCUUACAGACAUCUUUGAGAUCGAUGAUGAUCAUUCUGCGGCAAGAGUAGAUGAGACAUUUAAGCCUUUCCACUUGCUCAAUGAACUGAGCGAUCUCCUUAUGCUUCCAAAAGAAAUGCUUGUAGACAGUUCCACCAGAGAUGAGGUCUGUCCAUCAAUUGGUCUGAGUUUAAUAAAAAGAAUCUUAUGCAACUUCACCCCAGAUGAGUUCUGUCCAUACCCUGUCCCAGGAAGUGUUCUUGAGGAGCUCAACAUGCAGAGCAUAACUGAGAGUAGAACCUCAUCAGGAGGAGAGGCAACUAGAAACUUUCCUCGACAAGUCGAUCCGGUUCAGUACUGUCUUCCUUCUAGUGCACAGUUGACAGAUAUGGUUGCGGAGUUCAGUGACAACCUUAAGGUUUCCAUGAUACAAAACAUAGCAUACAACAAUGAAGAGGUAGAAAUAUCAAGAUCUCCUCCAUACUACAAAAUCAUCAAAGGAGUUGAAGAAAAAGACAACCUUAGUUUCUCUCCCACUAAUGAAAGAUACAGACUCCUUGGAGAAAUCUAAAACCAAAAGCUCAUCAUAAGAUGUACAUUCACACACACACUCCACAAACAAAACAUACAAUCUUCAUUCUUUAUAGUAAAAAAAAAAACUA